UCAAUAGCUCGAACAUUAUAUAUAAAUUGAUAGGAUUUGUAUUAUGUAUUCGAGUCUUUCUCUUGUAAACAUUCUAUUCAGAAAGCAAAAAGAUAAUAGGAGAAAAAAUAUGUGAACAUAAAUAGUCUCGUACCCCCAUUGUCACAGGAUGAAGAAAAUUUAAUUUUGUCUGUUUAAUUCACAGGGCUAGAAUUGAUUUUUCCUUUACCUUUUUGUUUUGUUCGUGACUUAGAAAAGGAUAAAAAGAAGCGGAAUUUCUGACUCAUUUUUUAUCAAAAAAUAUCUAGUCCUGAUGGCUGAUCCUUCCCUGCGCUACUGACAUUUUAACUCCACAUGGGGAUGAGGUAUGAAUAUAAUCAAAAUAUCUGGAGUCCUGAAUUUCCCUAUUGCCAUUGGAGGUUCAUAACCACUGGGGAAGAAAUAUCAAUCAGCCUCUCUUCCUCUUUCACCACGUCAAUGGCUGCAACCCCCUGUUCUCCUCAACCAAUUAGCUGCUUUACCUCCACACAGAAGCAAAGUUCUCGUACCAACAAUUUAUGCAGUCAGAAGAUUCUCACAGGAGGCAAAUUCUGCUUUCUGAAGGUUAAGGCUUCAGCCUCAAAGCGUUCAAGUGAUGAACCACGAAGAAAACCAAAUAGUCUAUUAUGUGCAGACUGUAAUGGAAAUGGUGCAGUUCCCUGCUCCCAGUGCAAGGGUAAUGGGGUGAACUCUGCUGAUUAUUUCAACGGGAAGUUUAAAGCUGGUGAUUCUUGUUGGCUUUGCGGGUAACGAGGGAAAGAAGAAUAUGCUAUGUGGAAAUUGCAAUGGAGCUGGCUUCAUUGGAGGCUUCAUGACCUCGUCUGACACUUGAAAUUGGAAGCUUACAUCCAAUAUACAAGGGCACAAUGCAAAAUAUGCUCACAGUUGCAAUAUAUGCUGUCCUUGUCUGCUUGAACAUGUUCUAGAAUGCAAAGGAGAAGAUUAAAGGGAUAAAUUCAGGUCAUGUAAUUAUUUAGUGCAGGGAUAGGUGGCUGGCUACUUUUCUUUAUCAAUUAUCACAGAGUCAUGUAUGCCUGUGUUAUGUUUUCAAGAAGAAGAAGAAUUGAAGAACGUUCCGAAAGGGACCCUCGUACAAAUGGUGAUAAUUCUCUUGUUCUGUCAAGAGUUUGAGAAAGUAUAUCUACGUAGUGUUAAGAUUCUAAUUC